CUCUCACUCUUGCUAAAACCACGCGCGUCUUCAUGUUUACAUCCUCUUCCAUCUCUUCUGUCUGCCGGACUCUACGCUUUACGCCUCGAACUACUGUUAUCACUCUUUCUAGACCUGCUGUUGCUGCUAUCCAAUUGCAUAGCCGCCGUGGUUUUCAAAGCACCAGCAGUAGUAGUAGUGCUGUGAGUAAGCCAGCAACUCGCAAAAUGGAAGCGUACAAGAAAGCUGGGAACAGGGAGGAUGCGGCGCCGAAACACGAAAUUGUGCAUUUUCCGGGCUUGAUGAGUGAGAAGCGCGGGUUUGGGGAUUUCCGGACUGUGCUGCAUACGGGGUUGUAUAGUCAAAUCGUCGCCAUGGAAGUGCCUGUAAACGGAGAAAUCGGCGAUGAAGUGCACCUGGUUGAUCAAAUCCUACUUUUCACGUCUGGACGGGGCCUUGCAACAGUGGCGGGCAAAGAGCAAGAGGUGCAGGCCGGAGAUGUGGUUGUUGUGCCGGCGGGGACGCAGCACCAGUUUGUGACGCGUGGGGACCAGCCGCUGGAGUUGGUUACCGUGUAUUCGCCUGCUGAGCAUUUGCCGAGUAGCGUGCAUAAGACCAAGGAGGAGGGGGACAAGGCCGAGGAAGAGGGGGUGGAUGAGGCGCCCGAGUGGGCAUUGAGGGGAAAGUCGGAGAAUGAGAAGAGGGGGUUGGUGAAGGAGAGUGGGAAGUAUUAGGUGAGAGCUGGCAUGUGAGACGAGUGUGCGAAACGAAUACGUAUUGUGUAGGGUUGAGACCUGUCUUGAUGUGCUGUCACUGUCAAUGUAUUGAAUACCAUGCAUAAGGUCUUUGAUAUGAGCGAGUAUUGUGGCUGGGAUCAAGGUUAGCUGUAAUUGGUACUCAAGUCUCGAGAUGGAUUCCUCGCUGCUGUCAGGAAUACAAGCAAGACGGACAUGAGUAAGUGAAGAAAAGAGAGGGGUCAGAUAACGUCAUGGAGGAGGCUGUCAUGACCCAUG